AUGCGUCGCCAAGAUGGUUGCCAGGUGAGACAAGUCUGCAUUCCCCCUCCCAAAGUCUUGGUGAGGACUUGUCCUGUGAGGAGACGCGUGGAUUCCUGUGGCAACAUCUGUAACUCCCGGAGCUUGCGCCCGCGCCUCAACCCCUGCUGCUAUGCUACAGUUCCCCAGGGCACCACCACCUACCUGAACCUGGGUGCUCUGGGGGUAACCCAGGGUGCCCAGUGCCUGGAUCCCUGUCGCCUUGGGGUCACCCCCUGUGAAGUGGCCAAGUGCAGGACUCCAUGUGCCAACCCCUGCAUCUGCAAGGUGACAGAGUGCAGCACCAGAUGCCAAGAGUCCUGCUGUGAAGAUGUCACCAAGUGCACCACCACCUGCAAAGAUCCCUGCUGCCAGGACAUCACCAAGUGCACCACCAGAUGUGUGGACCCUUGCUGCCAGGAGGUCACCAAGUGCACCACCAGGUGUGUGGACCCUUGCUGCCAGGAGGUCACCAAGUGCACCACCAGGUGUGUAGACCCUUGCUGCCAGGAGGUCACCAAGUGCACCACCAGGUGUGUAGACCCUUGCUGCCAGGACGUCACCAAGUGCACCACCAGGUGUGUAGACCCUUGCUGCCAGGAUGUCACCAAGUGCACCACCAGAUGUGUGGACCCUUGCUGCCAAGAGGUCACCAAGUGCACCACCAGGUGUGUAGAGCCUUGCUGCCAGGAAGUCACCAAGUGCACCACCAGGUGUGUAGACCCUUGCUGCCAGGAAGUCACCAAGUGCACCACCAGGUGUGUAGACCCUUGCUGCCAGGAAGUCACCAAGUGCACCACCAGGUGUGUAGACCCUUGCUGCCAGGAAGUCACCAAGUGUGCCACCACCUGCGUUGACCCUUGCUGCCAGGAGGUCACCAAGUGCACCACCAGAUGUGUAGACCCUUGCUGCCAGCAAGUCACCAAGUGCAUCACCAGAUGUGUAGAUCCAUGCUGCAGACCUGUGACCAGAUGUGCUACCACAUGUGUGGAUCCAUGCUGCAACCAAGUGGCCAAAUGCACCACCAGGCGCAUUGAUCCAUGCUGUGGAGGCGUCACCAGAUGCACCACGACAUGUGUGGAUCCAUGCUGUGACAGGGUGCCCAAGUGCACCACCAGGUGUGUGAAUCCAUGCUAUGAAGCUUUGGCCAGAUACAUUUCUCAGUCUGUGGAUCCCUGCUGUGGGCAAGUGACUAGAUACACCACCAGAUGUGUGGACCCUUGCUGCCAGGAGGUCACCAAGUGCACCACCAGAUGUGUGGACCCUUGCUGCCAGGAGGUCACCAAGUGCACCACCAGGUGUGUGGACCCUUGCUGCCAGGAGGUCACCAAGUGCACUACCAGGUGUGUGGACCCUUGCUGCCAGGAGGUCACCAAGUGCACCACCAGGUGUGUAGAUCCUUGCUGCCAGGAGGUCACCAAGUGCACCACCAGAUGUGUGGACCCUUGCUGUCAGGAGGUCACCAAGUGCACCACCAGGUGUGUAGAUCCUUGCUGCCAGGAGGUCACCAAGUGCACCACCAGGUGUGUAGAUCCUUGCUGCCAGGAGGUCACCAAGUGUGCCACCACCUGCGUUGACCCUUGCUGCCAGGAGGUGACCAAGUGCACCACCAGGUGUGUGGACCCUUGCUGCCAGGAGGUGGCCAAAUGCACCACCAGGUGUGUAGAUCCUUGCUGCCAGGAGGUGGCCAAAUGCAUCACCAGGUGUGUGGAUCCCUGCUGUGGGGCUGUUCAGGCUGUGACCAGGUGUGUUGACUCCUGUCCCACCCCAUGCCUUGCACGGCCCGUCCCUCUAUGUGUGGAUCUGGGCUCCUCUUUCUGUGCCCCACGCUGCUCCAUCUCCUGUGGAGAUGUCUGCUUCCGUAAAUACAAGUGCAGGGCUCCUUGA